AUGAGACGUGCAUGUCGUUGGAAGGUGGGAGUACGGCGGCAGCGUUUCUGUUUUAGUUGGCUGGGUUCUGCCACAACGACAGUUUUGUAAGAGCCGGACAAUGUUUCUCCAUAAACUAAAGAGCCUUUGGGUGAAAAUAAGGAUGUUUUUUAAUGGUUAUUUUUUGCUGAGACGCUUGAGAAGCUACCUGGAUGACAAGCUAGCGGCUGGUGCUGCUGAGGUUGAGCAGCUUGAGGUCUUUGGACAGCAGGAACUGCUUGGGCUUGAGAUGUUUGAUGUUGUUGCCGGACAGAUCCAUCUUCACGAUGUCGGAAGGCAGAUUGGAUGGGACGUUGCUCAAACCUGCCAGAAAAAAGAGGAGUCAUCACUCGACCUGUCGCAAUGCUGUCACUGGGAAAAAUCAGUAAAACCAAAGUGGACAAGUUGAAAGCAAUCUAUAUUCAACUCAGUGAUGAAGUGAAGAGUGCCCAGGAUUCGGAGGACCAGCUUUUGGAAGAGGCCAAGAGGCUCCGUGCUGAGCUGAGGAGGCUGCAAGCCGACUCGGAGAAAAGCGGAGAGCUGAGCUUCUCCGAGGAGCCCACGAGUGAGGCGGGCAAGCUAAGGCAGCAGCUCCUGCGGGCGUUCAACGAACUGAGAGCAGCCGAGGACAGAGACUACAUGACACAGCACCAGCUCAAGUGGCUCCAGGAAGAGAAGCGGUGUCUGCUGAAGGAGAACAACAUGCCGCCAAAACUUGAUAUCCCACAGGAACUGGAGAGCACCACAGUGACCCUUCAGGACAAAUGUGAAAAACUGAAAAAAGAAGUGGGCCAGAGACAGAUGGAAGUCAGAGGUCUGAAGGAAGACAUGGAAACAUAUCAAAUGCAAAAACUCAAGGGGGAGAAAGAGCUGGAAGACGCAGAGAAAAUUCUACAACUCAAGGAGGCCGAGAAAGCUCAGCUCCUCGCCGCACCUGAGCAGAUUUUAAAGGAGAUUGGAGAGAAACGCUCCAAGAGGGAAGCCGCGGUAAAAACAUUGGAAGCGAUGGACGCCCAGUUUUCGGAGAUGACGCAGAAAGCGAAGGAGGUGGAUGAACACAAUGACCUCCUCAGGGCACAAAAGGAGGAGCUGGCCAAGGAACUGGAGGGUCUUCAGGCCCAAGUGGAGGCCAGCCAAAGGAGGUGCAGUCAGCUCCAGAAAGAGCACGAGGUCCUCAGGGAAGAAGAAGCUGAGCUUAUGGGGCACAGAGGGAUCCUGGAAAUGAAGUUGCAGAAUAUCAUGUGUGAGCGAAAGCUGCUUUGCGAGAGCCGGUCUGUGCAGCUCAAAGAGAAAAAAAGGCAAAUUCAGGUCUUCAAGAGGAUGGAGCGUGCCCUGACCAUAGCCACUGAGCAGCUCAAGCACACUCAAUCUACCUGCACUGAUUUGCAAGCACAGUUGGAUGCGCUUCCGAAAAGAGGGGCCGGUAUCGCGCAGAGGAUGGCGCUUCAGAAGGAAGUGGAUGCACUCAAAGUGAGCAUUGAAAAACAGUUAUCAAGAGCUGAAAAGGCGAGUCAGAAGCAGCAGCAGUCUGGGAUCAUUCAGGAGCUGCUAAGGGAAUCGGACGGCCUGAGAGAAGAACUGCAUCACCUCAGAUGUCUGACAUACAUCAAAGCAGAGGAGAGGGGCCAGAAGCACCGUGAGAUGCUCAGAGCCGAGCAAAUGAACCAGCACAUCCAACAGGAACUUCGAGAGAAAGAGCUCAUCAAGAUGCACCACAGCAAGCUGAGUGCCAUGCUGCAGCGCAGAGUGCUACAGUAUGGCGAACUUUGCAGCGUUAUCACAGAGGAGAAAAAUAAGUAUGUCAAGCUGAAGCAGAUCGCCUCACAGACCAUCACGGAGUUGAUGGAGCAGGCGAAGGUGCUGGAAAAUGAGCUGGAGAUCCAAAAGAGCAUUGUCACCAAGAAGGACAGAUUGCUGGCCAAAGUUCACAAGAAGCUCUCUAAUAGCUGCAAAAUAAGGGAUAAACUACGCAACAACAUCAACAAGGUUGCUUGGCAAAGCCGUUUGGUCCGCCAGGAGCGCGAGGAUAAUGAAGUGGAGUUACAGACGCUGAGGCAAAUGAUCAGCCUCCAGGAGCAAGCGCUUAUCGACAUGAUCAAGAACCAGGAAGGGGCCGUACAGCGGCGCAAUUUUCUCGGCAUUCAGCUGCUGGAGCACGAGGAGGUGUUGUUCGACUACCAGGAGAAGGUCAACACACAGGAGGCGGCCAUCGCCGAGGGCAAUGUGGCGCUGGAGAACCUUGAGAAGGAAAUGAGAGACUUGAAGGUGGUCAUCAGCGAGGAGAAGAGGCAGAUCGGCUUCAAGAAGAAGGAAGUGCUGGUCCAGAAGAAGAUGGAGGAGGAGCUCAUCAUGCUGCAGCUGGAAAUGUUGGAGGUCAGAGACCAGACGCUAGAUAAUCUAACAAAAACAGCAGAUUACAAAGAGCUAAAAGGCUCCGAUCCAUCCUCCCCUGAACUGUUCAAGAAGAUCGAGAAGCUGGAGGCCAGCCUUGCUGAGAGGGAGAGGCAGCUUUUGGAAAAAGGGCUCCUCGUGGACCAGGUGACACGUCUCUCCACGGAUCUCCAAGAACAGAAAGACAACUGCCAACAAGACAAACUGUCGCUGGCCAAGAAGUUGAAUGAGCUGCAAACCCACAUCAUUGACAUCAGCCGCCGCUUGAUGGCCACGUCUGCAGAACUGUCGAUGAAGCAAGCGGCUGUCUUGUGCCUCCAGCAGGAGGUCAAAGAGAAAGAGCUUCAGAUGGAAAGGUGUCAGAGGCGGCUGGAGCAAGGCCUGCCACCCUGCCCUGAGAUGGAGGAAGAAUGGAGGAGGAUGCUCCGGGACAAGAAGAGGAGACAGAGAGACAAAGAUGAGCGAGAGAGGCUGGCAGACGAGGACGAGUGGAAGCAGUUGCCGAACGGACAGUACACCACGGCGGAGAGUCGACCCGAUGCCUACAUCCCCCACACAGACGCGCUCCCGCUGCCCAAACCCUACGGAGCGCAGGCUCCUUUCAAGCCAUCGCAACCAGGCAAUAGCUUGUUUAUGCUGCGUUUGUCGACAAGUGAGAGUGCGAGGGAGUUGCAAGGGAGAUUUUCUGAAUAUUUUACAAUUUUUUGUCUUCUAAUGUUGCCCGUCUAUGAAUGCAUUGCAGCGUGUUUAAGCCAUGAGUUUAAAGCCUGAAAGGAGAAAUGUAAAUAUGGAGAGGCUGAUCACACAGUGGAAGAGGGUAGACAGUGAUGAAAAAACAAAAGGGGAGAAAUUCAAGGUGGUGCCAAAAGAAAUACGAACAUGCUAAAUAUUCACUUGAUUUCCGGUUUCUUUGUAGCUUGUGAUAGAAAAAAAAAAAGUCACGUCACUACAAUGGCAUUGCUCGCCUGUUGCACAUUAGUGAUUCAUAACUUAUUUCUGUUCUUAAGUCAGGUGCCAGGCGUGGGAGUAGUCUACCUUUUAUUACAAAAACGUAUUUGGAUCUAAUUUGGACAUGAGGUGUUUAAACGGCGGUUAAACUGGAAAUAAACCAACCAGCGGCGAGUAGUUAUGACUGACAACAUUUGGUCACUGUUCAGCAUCGCUCUAUAGAAACAAACAACAUAAAUCUCAAUUGAACAGUUGGUUUAGUGGAAAAGGCAACACAUAUUUAAGUGAAAACUCCGACAGCAAGUUAGCACAUGCUGAGACUUGAGCUCGUUUGCACGUUUUUGAGCAGAAUGGCAGAUAAUCGUAUGACAGCACAGCGACUACUACUUUUCUCUUCAACAAAUUUCAGUUUUGCAGAAGUUUAAAACACUACAUUUCAAACUCAAGAGGGAAGUUUCUGGAUGGGAACGUAAUGGUUAGAUUAACUAAAACAACUAGCAAACAAUUCUGGAUGGAUUAAGGUUACUGGCAACCUAAAUUUUUUUUUUUUCUUUUUUUUUUGUAAAUUAUUUCAAAUGAUUAUUGUUGCUAGCUUAUGAAACUGUGAAAAUGGCUUGGAUAUUUCAACUUAAUGCACAAUUUAGUAACUCACUGGAUGCAAAAAUGAAUAAUUAUCUAAACAUGUAUAACUUUAAAUUCUGCUAGAAGAUAUUUUAAAUGUUGCAUUAAUAUUGUUGAAGUAUGGAUGAAGUAAUUUCUAAAAAUAAGAGCAAACUUGAGCUAAUAUCUAAGCUGUUAGUGCCUCAUACGUAACAGAGCAGCAUGUUAAAGGACAGGUCAAUGAAGUUAAUUUAGUAAGAUAUUGUCUUCAGGAGUAAUGGUGUGUGUGAUCAUCCAUUGCUGGCAGCUGCUGAGAGCUGUCGGAUCUAUUUAGCACCAAACAGU